AUGGCCGACGAUAAGAAGAGCGAUGACUACGCUUCUGCGACCAAAGAGUUCCGCGCUGCGACACCCCCCACGCGCGCCUCUUCUCAGCGAAGCGUGGCCAUGACGGAGAACCCGGUGGCCGCCGUGCUCGCAUACUGUGGCUCGUCGAUUAUGAUGACAGUGACGAACAAAUACGUCCUGUCUGGUGUGGAUUUCAACUUGAACUUCUUUCUGCUUGCGGUGCAGGCCGUCGUCUGUGUAGCAGCCAUCUCGAUCUGCAAGGCCCUUGGCAUCAUCACAUACAGGGACUUCAACAGCGAUGAAGCGAAGAAAUGGUUCCCCAUUUCUCUCCUACUGAUCGGCAUGAUCUACACUAGCACCUGGGCGUUGAAGUUCCUCUCGAUUCCAGUUUACACUAUCUUCAAGAACCUUACAAUCAUCCUGAUCGCAUAUGGAGAAGUGCUCUGGUUCGGCGGCUCAGUCACAUCAAUGGCGCUGUUUUCGUUUGGAUUGAUGGUGAUGAGCUCCGUCAUCGCAGCCUGGGCAGACAUCCAGCACGCUUUGGCAAACUACGGCCAUGCUUCUAAUGUGGCUGUCGAUACCAUGUCGACUCUACAUGCUGGUUAUCUCUGGAUGAUGUUCAACUGCCUCUGCACCGCAACCUACGUUUUGGGCAUGAGGAAGCGCAUCAAGCUGACCAACUUCAAGGACUUUGACACCAUGUACUACAACAACCUUCUCACCAUUCCCGUCCUGCUCGUCGCUUCCAUCCUGGUCGAGGACUGGUCAUCCGCCAAUAUUCAGAAGAACUUCCCUACCGAGCAGCGCAACACAGUCAUCAUUGUUAUGCUCAUCUCUGGUCUUUCGACCGUGUUCAUCUCGUACACUUCUGCCUGGGCCGUUCGAGUUACCUCAUCCACGACAUACUCAAUGGUUGGUGCUCUGAACAAGCUCCCCAUUGCGCUCAGCGGCCUCGUAUUCUUUGACGCACCUGUCACUUUCGGAAGUGUGUCUGCCAUCUUCGUCGGUUUCGUCAGCGGUAUCGUUUAUGCGCUCGCCAAAGUACGACAGAAUAAGCAGGCCAAGAGUGUGCUUCCAAUUACCAACGUUCCGGUCAGCGCGAGCAGCCAGAGCAUGAGGGACAGCCUGAAACACUAG